AUGACAAAUGCCUAUUCUUUUGAGGGCAUUCUUAUACUAAGUCUGCUAGUGAUCUGUACAUGUGCCUACAUGCGGCGAAUCCCCAGAUUACGGCAGUGGUUUCUGUCUGAGCGGAAGGGAUUCUUGGGUGUUUUCUACAAAGCUUCAGUAAUCGGGACCCGUCUUCACAUCAUGGUUGCCUUAGCCUGUAGUCUGAUGGCCUUUUACAUCAUGAUACUGAAGUGA